AUCCAGUUCCAGCCUCCCCCCAUCGUCGUUCCUCAAUCUACUGUACCCAAGUAUUGCAUGGUAGCCCACCACUUCGCAUACAUGCACACCAUUUUAUGCAAACUUCCACGCCCCCCUUGAAGGAUAUCCACUGCAUCACAGUCUCUGGUCUGCAUUGCAUGCAUAUCUGCCGUCUUUUCAAGUUUCUCCCCCAGAUAUCUCGUAUCACUUGUAAUAAAUUACGACUGUUUUCCGUCCCGCACCACACAGCCAGUCUGCUUGCGCCCACCCACCUUUAGCCUAGUCAGCCGAAGCAGUUACCGUAUCCAACCUCCCCCUCCCCCCCUCUCCCCCCUAUAUCUAUUACCCACCAGGGAUACCGGUAUUGCCAAGGUCACAGCCACCCACCCCGCUACCAUUAACACCACCACCAUUCCCACAAUCGCAGCCGUCCGUCUCUCUUUCCCAAAAAUACCACUGGUACGGUAUUCAUUACCAACAUCACCACUCUGGCCUGCUUAAGCCCAACUACAAAUCUAACUUUGGGAGUAUUGGGUGGACUAUUCCUCCACCCGCUACUUCACAGCAUCAUCGACAGUGCAGCAGCGGCAGCAGCACCUGGAGGAGCACAACAACGGCCAAUCCCAGGUCUCUCGUCGUCGUCGACUCCCGGGGCUGAGAGUCAACGGGGGUUGGCAACGCAGGAGAUGUCCUUCCUGACCCUCUUCACAGCAGACGCGGCAGCAGCACACGGGCACGAGUUCUCGGGAAAUGGCGAUACGAAUUCAACGACAAAUGGAACCACGAAUUCGGUGGUUCGGGCAUCCGCUUCGUCGGGGUCGUUGGGGCGUAGUGGGAGUGUGGGUGGAGGGGUUCAACCACGAUCGACCAUAUCCUCCAACGUAUCCACUGUAUUUGAGGACCCGCUACCGACUCCUCCACCUGUGAUACCGAGAAAGUCACCGCGUACGAAGACGACGUACCACCUGGCGCAACCACCACCCAGUGCGCAUUUGCUGCUGCACAGGCACUCGUUGAAGCCAUCGAGGAAUUUGGUGGUGCAGUUGCAACGUCUCUCGAACACCACCAGGCCGGUGCCGACACUGGAUGUGCUCCCUGCCUCGAUUUUUGCGUCGAGGUUGAAGGCUACUUGCGGCCGCUUUUUCAAGCACGGUGUGGGAAGCCAGGACCUUGUGUUUUUGGCGAGCGAGGAGUACGGUGGUGGAGACGAGGAUGAUGAUGAUGCGGAUGAGGAUGAAUCGAAUGGGCUCAAUGCGCGGCACGUGGUGGCCACGGUUUCGCAAAACUACAGGAAGGCACCGCUGGCGGCUGGGGAGGAUGGAAAAGGGGGGAACGGUGGAAUGGCUAGGGUCCCGGCAAUACGACUAGACUCUGGUCCGCCAUGGGAGGUUACGCAGACCGCUUCUGGAGGCUACGAGUUCUCGGCAUAUCAGGAGGACGGCAGCGUGGUGACGGCGAGGUGGAACCCUAGAGGUGUAGGCACUCCUGCGGGUAGACGCCGUUCAUCCCAGACACGGAGCGGCAAUUCCGAGGACAGCAUGACAGAACGGAAAUUCCAAUUCAGCCUCGUGAAUCCCGGUUCCCGAAAGCAUCCGAUCAUUGCUACACUGGUUAGGCAGACUAUCGAGAUCAACGACCAUUAUCCCGCCGCGAGCUUAACCUCCCCGGUGACGACACCCACCCACUCCCGCUCCUCAUCUCCAGUGCACGAUGCCCCAUCAUCCCCAAGCUCGGAAGAGCGCUUGUACAUCAAGACGUCAGACUACAUCCGCAUGUUCACCCUAGCUUCAGGCAUCUGGGUCGCCCUCCGAGAAGGUCUAGCAUCAAGCGGCAACCUCCACUUGGACGACGCCGCCCCAUUAUCCCCAGCCCCCACCCCAGCCGGUCGCCUCUCCACAGAUCCAACAACCGCGGCUUCCUCCCCCUCCUCCACCCCCUCCUCCGCCGCCAACCGCCCACGCACAACCGGCCGCUCCUCCUCAUGUCCUGUAGGCCCCGACGUGUCAUUUGACGUAACCCCGCGUAGCCGGCUAAUGCGCUCAGGCACAAUGCAUACCCACCCGUCGGCAACCUCCACAAAACACACUCCAGGCCCGGAUGACGGCCAUACCCAAACCCCAUCACCCCCGAGGCGCUCCUUCUCAAUGGGGCCCUCAACAAAAUCACGAUCAGUCACAACUUCACACAUCCUCCGGAACCUCUCUAGCAGCUCCAGAACGCCAAGCCCAACCCCCCGCGCAAACGCGACUGACCCGACGACUAUACGCCCGAAAUCACCCCCAACACCGCCGCAUCGAGUCCCAGACCAGCCGCUCACACCGCCAACCAGUGGCUGCAUGCACAUGCACCGCCCCCGCCGCGGCACCCAUCAUCACAGACACACGAACUCUGCCAGUCCACCGGGCUCGCCGGCGAAGUAUCCCGAAGAGAAGCGGCGGAGACAUUGUAGGAGAGGUGGUGCAAAUAAGGAUUCGGCACCGGUGGAUGCGCACUGGGAAUGGAAGCGGAGAAAGAAGGAGGUGCAGGGGGGUGGGGCAGAUGGUCCUGUGGUGGGGGGUAGUAGUGGGGUGGCGGGAGGGAAGAAGAGGGGAAGGAUUAGGGGGUUUGUAGAUAUGUUAAGGAGGGCUACGAGUUCUAAGGAAUGAAUUCCCAUGCUCCAAUCUCUCCUUAUUAGUCUUUUUUUUUUUUUUGCUUUAUUACUGCUUGGUAAUGAUUAUGAGGUUGGGAUACAGGAGUGGUUCUUUUCCUUUCUUUUCUCUACUCGUUGGUUUAUUUCGGGCAGGUUUCCUUUUUUUUUUUCGUCUUUUAAAGUAUUUUUUGAUAUCAUGUUCGUGAUGGUUUGUGCGAGUGCGGUCCCUUUGCCCCGUCACUCGACUCGGCAGAUCUCCCUUAGUAAGUAUGUACUGCUCACAUACGUUUCCCUUGUCCAUAAUACGCUACAUUAUUAUACCCCUUUAUCUCAAUUCUUGUGUUUAUUUUAAUUCUCAUGUCUAUUACCGACACCGCCGUCCUGUAAAUACUCUUGUUCCAUCAACUCAUCUCUACAAUACCAAGAGCCGUUGCCGCUGCUCA